AGCACAUUUUUGUUUUCAUUAAAUGUUUUGCAUAUUUUGGACCAAUUCGGACUUUGUGGUUGGGGUAACUAGUGAAAGCCUUAAAUCAUCCGGAAAAGGAACGCUAUUGAUGACGCUGGCCUACUUGGUGAUGGUGUGGUUGUGAGGACCUGGACUACAAGGAAGGCACAGAAGACGACAGGCUGGGAAGCACUGAAACAACCAUCAUGCUCAGGAACUGCGCUCUCAAUGUUAAGGACAUCACUGCCAUGCUGUCAAGUGCCCACUGACUAGCUGACCUCUUAUAGGGCCCUUAUCCCCUACUUUUUGACUUCAUAGGAGGGCAGAAGUAGACACACUAACAAAUGCAGUAAGAGGGAAAUAAUUUUCACCCACAAACAGACACACUCUUGAAUUGAAACCAUGGUGGAUAACCGCUACGCUACGGCCCUGGUCAUUGGCUCUGUUCUGAGUCUGCUGGCCACUGUCUAUCUUUCCAUUGCUGUGGGAACACAGCACUGGUACCAGUACCGAAGUCCUCCCGGCAACCAUGAGGCCAGCAACGCUUCGGAGCUCCGGGAGGACUUCAUCAACGGAGAGUUUGAUGAAAAGACCUACAGCGACACGCUGUUCCGCCUCAACGGCACACUGGGGCUGUGGUGGAGGUGUGUGCAGGCACAUGCGCCAGGCCAGUCACACUGGUUCAAAGAGCCUGAUCCUAAGAUGGUAACACAGUGUGUGAGCUUCACUCUGCCUCAGCAGUUUGUACCCAAGUACAAAGACCCAGGGAAUCACAACACUGGGGAGGACGUGCUUCGGACAUACCUGUGGAGGUGCCAGUUCCUGCUGCCUCUGGUGUCCCUAGCCUUGGUGUUCCUCAGCGGGCUCAUCGGUGUGUGCGCCUGCCUCUGCCGCAGCAUUACUCCCACCCUGUGUGUAGGAGUGCUCCACCUGCUGGCAGGUCUGUGCUCCCUGGGCACAGUGUGCUGCUUCCUGGCUGGCAUGGACCUGCUCCACAGGGUCUCAGUGCUUCCCGACGGUGUGGAUGGCUCCCUGGGCUGGUCCCUCUACCUGGCCCUCAUCUCCUCACCGCUGCAGAUGAUGGCGGCUGCCCUCUUCCUGUGGGCCGCCCGGAGCCACCGCCAGAACUACACCCGCAUGACUGCCUACCGGGUGGCCUAAAGAGACAGGGGUUUAUUUCAUAUGUCAGGGUUGCGUUCAGUAAGAGCAUAACAUUUUGAAAUGGAAAAUAUGAAGUUGUAGUGUUUCCAGUCACAUGCGGACUCCAAUUUGUAGAAGAUGAGAUUGUUUCUAUGAAAUGGCUACGUUUCUAAACAUUUUACAAACUGCAUGUUUUACUGAAUGUGACCCUAAAUGGCAGUCUACACAACAAUGAUUCAUACUCCCGAGGGGUGUCCUACGAAGCAGAUUUGAGUAGUUAGCAAGGUAACUUUGGUUGAGUCUGAGUUCAAUUCAGGAUACCAGUCAUACGAAAGUGGCUCACCUUUUAGCCAAAUACGUACAUUUCUAUGGCAACGAACCCUUCAGAACUAACCUGCUCCGGGGCAGACUAACUUGCAGCUAACUCCACAUCCUGAAUCCUGAGUUGAGGACCAAUGAAAUCAGAUUCCCCUCUAUCAACGAUUGCGUUGUCAUCCCUUUCAUUUGAGGAAGACAAAAAAUUCAAUAAUUGAAUCAAAUGUUUUGUUUGUGUAAAAAAAUAUUACUUAACACAUUUAGUAAUAACCAAAUGCAUUUCAAACUUCACGCAAUGUAACACUUUUGUAUAUAACAUCAUAAAUAUUUUUGGGGGGUUGGAGUGGGAAGAAAGUGCUUGCGCGUUGACGAGCACACCAAAGACGGCAUUCACGAGAAGUAAUAAAACAAAGAUGGCUGGUUAAUUUUGGAAAACCCUGAGUAGUUUUAGCUUGCUUCAUUGGACACCCCUCUGCUCUUGGAAGGCCUUUGUAUGUUUGCGUCUGUCUUCGCCCAGCACCGAAGCUGUUAAAGGUCCUGAUCUGGGUCACGUUCAGGGGGUGCAAUGUACUGAAGCAUUGUGAAUAGAAAUGGGAUAAAUAGAGCUGACAUUUCUUACUCGUCAUGUCAGAGUAUCUGAAGGCACCACAACGUUGUGCCCUACUGAACCCAACUCGAGUGAUUUUGUGCCGGGCUGGGACAAAAGCCUGCACACUUUGGCCUCGCCAGGACGAGGCAUGAAGAGCACAGGGUGGCCCAAUGAUUCACUCUGAAACAGCUACGGAUUUACAGUGUUGUCGUCAUGACAAUCCUCCCCGUUACUAUACCUGAAUGACAGAUUUUAGGGUGACUGAAUCUUCACAACACCUUAACUACACCAUACAGGGUGGCCUAAACGAUCACUCCACCUUAAGCACAACUGUUUGACAGCUGACACUAGCCAAUAAAACCUCAAACGAGACAUCACCUGUAUAAACAUAUCCUAAGAGAUUCAUAAAGACAAGUGGUCAAUUUGAUUUUACGAUUAAUUUCUCCCCAGCAGCAUGUGCUGUAUGUGCAUCAGGUAUAACACAACCUGUGGUUGAUGAGAAGGUGAGGUGCGUUUUAUACGUUUUUUCUUGAAACCAUGUGUUUGUAGGUGCAUCUUUAGCGAUGCUUUUUUUAAAUUCAAGUAAACAGUUGGAGUCAUAUUUUGCCUUUGCUUCUGUUGCCAUCUCUACCAUUUAUGAAUGAAAGCUUUUUGCAUCACUGCAUGGAUAGAUAAUCCUAGCCUUUUUUGUGGGUUUUCCUCAACUAAAUAUGUUUUUUUUUGUGGUUUUGUAUUAUGUGAUCUAUAGCGCGUUGUAGUGACAUGACCCCAUUUGCCUACAUUUCAUUUAUUUUUAUUUUUUUCAACAUAUGAGAAUUUUCUGCUUAAUUUCGUCAUAUGUUGAUUGAAUGUCACCUAUUGGAAUGUAACCACUUCUUUGCCAUUGUCAUCCAUCUUUGUUAACUUAAACGUUUUGAAUGUAAAGACAUGUUGCCCUGUGUCGUUUUGACACCACUAUAGCUAACCAGUGUUUUGAUCUUCCUUUUGAUGUUUGAUGUUUUUUUUCGGUUAUGUUGAAGUGUAGUUACAAUACUUAGGUUUUCGGAAGCCUACAGUGUUUUGAAGCCAGCUUGAAACUACCAAUGACAAGACAAUUGACACUAACUCCAAGUACGCUUGGUAAAUGAGCACUCAACAGAUAUGGUUUACCGGGACACAUUUUAUGAAGGGUGUUUAAAUGUGUUGAAACACCUUGUGGCACACUGCUUAAUUGUUUUCCAUAACAAUAAAGUAAACCUAUGCUGACCUCCGG